AUGUGGAAGUGGGAUGUUGUCAGGUCAUGUGGCCAACUCCUCUACGACGUUGACCUCUACUACAACGGAAGUUUAAUAGCUAUUUUCACUACCAUCAAUAUCGUUACGAUUGUACAGCUUAAACUGAAAGGACAAAAAACAGUGGUCAACAGAACCGACGCUGCUGAAAUUAAAGAGGCUGAAAUAAGAAGCAAAAGAGAAUUCAAGUUCACUAUGCAGAGUUGUUGUGUGCCUCACGAGUUGGGCCCUAAUUCUUCUGCUGACGAGUACAGACCACUCACUGGUUUCAGAUCUGAAAGAGGAAUUUGA